CGGUUAAUUGGACCGUUGUCUCCCUAGUUGUUGGGCGCUGCAUGGAGUCAGGGUCUAGCAUCUUGGCGUAGUCGGAAGUAUUCGACACACAUUUGGAGGGGACUGAUCAUCCAGAUCCUACCAGGGCAAAGGAAGAAAGAAUCAACUACCUAUUGGCCUGAGUUUUUGAAAAUCCUGAGUGGGGAGGAGUGCUUUCUUUCCACUGAAUUUAAAAGGCCAGAGUACACUAUUAAAAAAUACAGGAAAGUGAGAUGGAAGGAAGACGAGGGAGCCAGAAUGAAGGGAAAGUUCGAAUUUCCCAGGAGCUCUCAGAGGGUGAAAAACGUGGCACCACCCACAGAAAAACCACAGUGAAGAAAUGCUUGGACAACUUUGGCAUCUCCUGCAAUGAAGACGAGGUGCCUCAUAUUGCAAUCCUGGGUUCAGGUGGUGGUUUGCGUGCAAUGAUAGCCCUGCAGGGAACCUUGGGGGAGCUGCAAAACCAUGACCUGUUGGAUUCUGUCAUGUACCUGUGUGGAGUGUCUGGGUCCACCUGGUGUAUGUCUUCUUUGUACAAACAACUGGAUUGGUCAGAUAAAUUGUUAAGCUUGGAGGAAAGCAUGUGUAAAAUGCUCCUCUCCAAAUGGAGCCUUUCAAAUGCAAAGAAGAUGUUGGAAGAGGCAUCCAAGGAUAAAAACUACUCCCUCACUGAUUUCUGGUCCUACACAGUAGUGCAUUGGAUGUUGCAUGAGCUGGAUAAAGGGUAUUUGUCUGACCAGAGGGCUGCUUCUGAAAAUGGGAAAAACCCCUACCCCAUAUAUGCAGCUGUGGAUGACAAAACUUUUAGCAAAUUAGCUGAAAACUCUGCAG